UCGUUCGGCCUCCUUCAGAGGACGAGCCCUGAUCCCUGUCUUUCUCUUCCUCUGUCUAGCAGCAGCUUCAAUACUGUCUUUCUCUUUCUGUGUCUAGCAGCAGCUUCAAUACUGUCUUUCUCUACCUAUCUUCUUCUCUCAAACUCUCUAUCCGUUUCUGUUGCAUGAGGAUGGAAGGAACAGGGAAUGAGAUGUACCUGCCACCAGGGUUCAGGUUUCACCCCACCGAUGAGGAGCUUCUGGUCCAAUACCUCCUCCCCAAGACCUCCGGUCUCACCUUCUCCUCCAACGUCAUUGCAGACGUCCACCUCUACAGACACGACCCAUGGGACCUGCCUGGUAAAGCUUUUUUUGGCGACAACGAGUGGUAUUUUUUCAGCCAGAGGCACCGGAAGUUCCCCAAUGGGUCGAGGCCCAACAGGGGCGCCGGAUCCGGCUUCUGGAAGGCUACCGGCACCGACAAGACCAUCGUGGCCAACGGCCGCAAAGUGGGCACCAAGAAGGCGCUCGUUUUCUAUGUAGGAAAGCCUCCAAACGGGAGCAAGACCAAUUGGAUCAUGCAUGAAUACCAGCUCCUAGAUGACAAUGGCCGCUUCCCACAAAAAAAAGCAACCCGCUGCCUUGAUGAUUGGGUUCUGUGCCGAAUUUACAAGAAGCAGACCGGCCAGAAGAAGGGAAUGCAAAGGUUGAAACAGCAUGAUGAAGUCGCCAGUUCCCCUUCGGAUGGGGAGACCUUUGCAUCACUUUCCGCCGACGGCGACCAAAGUUCGAAGUCCAACGUGAACCAAUGGACGGCGGUGCAGGAAAUGAACGCUGAUUACCAACAACAGCAACUAACAUACAGCUCAGAUUUCAACAUCAUUACAGAUGAUUUUUUCAUGAAUCUGCCGACCUACAUGGCGGGUAAUUGUAUUAGUAUCGCUGAGAAAACUGGCGGAAACUUUUCCACCCCACUGAUAGACGCCUUUUACUUUCAAAACCACCAGCAGGAACCAUACUCCUUUUACUUUCAAAACCACCAGCAGGAACCAUACUCGUGCUUGUUUAAUUGAGUUCAUUGGCAACUAAACUGAAGGCUAAUAAAAAAAGUUCCUAGU